CACUGGGUCCAACGGAGUAGUUUCAGACAGGGCCAAUUUUUAUAAUUAAUUGUAGCUUUGUGUCUUUGUUGAGUCGUGCGAGAGCUGCUUCUGUAUAUUCAGAAACGAUCAAAUUAACGUAAAACGUAUAAAAGUCGCGGAACAGGCCGAGAAUUUCCAUGAAUUAAGAUUGCAGAUGUAGUGAGUUGUUGGCUGUUUGAGGGUAUGAUCAACCAUUUUUUGAUCUAUCAAGACUUCACUUCCGUGGCGUAGCUUAUGCUAUGAUUUAAAAUUUCUACGUUCUGACUGCUGCGAGGUAGUUCAUAUCGAACAUGCGCGUAAACGGAAGCUGAAAUUACUCGUUAAAACGAGUAAAGGAGAUAUUAUUAAGGAGAGCGGCGGAACAAGAAGAAUCAUGGUAUCAACUAGACUCUCCGGAAAUUUUGGCGGUGGAGGUGAAAGCCCUACAGCGGGGCCCGAACCAGGACCGUCCAAAUCAGCUCGCACUAGCUUGGUACAAACGUCAAUUUGUGAACCCAGUACAAGCGUGGUAAUUGUGAAGCCAGCCGAACCAAAACCACCACCUACUUUGUUAGACUUUCCUGCCGAGAUUCUGGAGAAAAUAUUUUCGUACCUGAGUUUUAAAAAUGUAGCACAUCUUCGUCCGGUGUGCCACAAGAUAAACAGCAUCUGCUGCCACAUCCUCAACACGACCUUCCAGCGACUGCAGGGCCAGAUGCUAGUGCGCUUCCAGAGCAUAAAGUCAAGGAUGCCGCGCCGCGAGUCGGCGCGCCGCAACCACCCACUGGCGUGCGAAUCUGACAUUGUGGAGACACUGCACAUGCGGCUGACUCUGCUGCAGAUGACGUUCGGCAAACACAUCGAGCGCAAGCACUGCUGCUUCUUUGCUGGCGAGAUUCUGGACGAGGUGUAUCGGAUCCUGCACUACAUAAGUGUGACUCCCGUCAUGGCACGGCCGUACAAGGUGACCGACGAGCUCUUCGACCUGUCGACUAUGGCCAUGGAGUAUUUCAAGGAGUUCAUAGAGCCGAAACUGCCAGAAAUCAACUACUUCAAUGCGAACUUCCUCGACUUUGCCUCGGCCUACAACAGUGAGUGGGAGGGUGCAAAGAGUGUGUACUCUUUCUGCUACAAGGCAUUCUGCCAGGACAAGAAUCAGCCGUACCUGGUGUUGGACAGUGCCUCCACAUCCGGCAGCAGCCGCACGGGCGGUGACGAUGGCCACAUGUACGGUGAUGACCCCGCAUCUGUAGUCGCCGCAGCAGCUGCCGCCAUGUGCUUCCAGGACGACCAGCUGAGUGACCCGCCCCCACAGUCAAACAUGGUGCUGCGCAAGCGCAUCCGCAAGAUCAAGCAGGGCAUGAAGAGAUACAAUAGCCAGUUGUCGCUGAUGCGUCGUGACUUGCGGAACUGCAAGAAUAAGAUAGCUGACCAGCAGAAGCAGAUUUUAGACUAUGCGGCAAGACUUGAUGAGAAUGACAAGAAGAACGAAGAAACUUCACGGAAAUUCAGUACAUUGCUGCAGGUUGUCACACUCGUACAUUUUAAGGAGCUGAACAAGUGCAAGACGGAGCUGCAGUACUGGCGCUCCAAGUCUCCCGCGAACCUGCCACUCUGCGUGUCGUGCGGUGUAGCAGUGGCGCCCGCACCGCCAGAGGACCUGCAGGCGCUGGCCAACCAGGGCGCACUGCCCCAGGGACUGGACCUCGCCGCCGUCGACUUCGUACCCAUCGCGGGCUCCGUCAACAAUCCGCCCGCGCCCGCCUCGGACUCGACCGAUGCUGCACCCCAGCAAGUGCCGCUGCAACAGCCCCAGCCGCAGGUGCAGGUCCAGCAAUUGCAGCUGCAGGAGCCACAGACGCAGCUGCGGCAGCCCCCGAUGUCGGCGGGUGCGAGCUCGGCGUCCCAGGAAGCGGAGGUGGCCACGUCUGGCGCAGUUGCGGGGGCUUCGUCGCCGGCCUGCCAGGCGGUCCACGUGCAGCUGGCGACCCCCGUCGCGUGCCGGGCGUGUCCCUCCGCAACAAAGAGGAGGGCACCGGGUGGUGACACUGCGUCCGAGCUCCAGGAGGAAGAGGCAGCCGUGACGCCUGUGGCCGUGCGGCCCGGAUCCCCCAGCACCGACGAUGCAGACGGAUCGGCCUCACCGAAACGGGUCCGCCGCCUGUCCAAGUGCAGAGGGAAGCGCCUGAAGGUGCAGUAAUGGGUGGGGUCGUUCUCUCUCUCGUGAGGUUUUGUGGCGUUCUCUGCCGGGUCGGGAGCACGAGAUUUUAGAGUCUGAAAUCGCGCCUCUGCAGGAAAGUGCAGUUUGUCUGCAAAUGUGCUUUUAAAUCGUUUGCUCAUUGUACUAAGCAAAAUAACCGUUCCAUCCCAUUAUCGUGUCGAAACUCCGAGAAAUUCAGUGGAGCAGUAGGAAUAGUAUUUUUGCCAUCUUUGUAGGAAACCCCAGUGUCCCACCUGCAACCUUCACAAUACCUGUGACAAGUUGAUUAAUACUGUGUCACUACACUUGCGGUCUGUAGCUUAAUAGCUGUUGUCAGAAUGUGACAAAAUCUGUGUAGUUUCACUAAUAAGCAGACAAGUCUUCACUUCGAAAGAGAACGGUGCUAGUGGCAGAUAAAACUUGUGAAACCAAAUAAAUGUAAAAGUCUGUUUACACAUGUGCACAAUACUACCUGCUUCUGGCCAAACUGGAACUAUCACGCAUUGACCGAAAACUCUCGUGCUCCCUGCUGCCGGCGUACUAAACGAAAUUAGCACCAUUUUUUAGGAAACUGGAAAGGAAGCUAACAUUGGUUUCACAAUUGGCCUGUUUUAAUCUGCACGAUAUAUCUGGUUGUUGAACAGAUAUUAAAAAAAGUUUUAACUGAAAUUACUACCAAUGAUUUUAGGCAGCAACUUUUAGCCCUCACUUCUACAAACUGGUGCACUGUAAAUUAAAGCUCACUCAUUAAUGAGAUGCACAAGAUAAAAACUUGAAAUUGUCUAAAAAUGAUCAACGUUAACACAGUGUGCUGUUAUUUGUAUAAGUGAGAGAUGAAAACUGUGGCUUAAAAUUCAGAAUAACUUCUUGGUAAGAUAGAAGACUGUGAGGCACAGCUUCGAAAACACUGUAUUGCUGCACCUGCUAGAACAGGACUUUGGCUAAACAAAUGCUCCACAUCGUUGUGCAUAAUAAAAUUAAAAAACAAAGGGCAAGUGGUACGUGCAUCCUUUAAUGAAGGAAGAUAUAGAUAUUUUUAGAAAUGUUAGUCUGACAAAUUUUAGGAGAAAUGGUCAUUUUGGUGUGUGGAUGCUCUACUACUCCUUGCACUGUGAUUUUACUAUUCUGCAAAACAUGAGUUACAUUGAAGCAUAGCUUUUGAUUGGAGUGAGCAAAGAAAACAUCUCUGUAAAUAAAUUUAUGCCUUAAGAAAUCAUUAUGUUAGGAAAUAUUUUGUUAGGAAUCUUGAUAAGGGAAUAUGCCUGUAAGGUUUUAUAAGAGUUCUGCCAUGUUACAAAACUAUUUAUUUGGUUAAGGAAUCAUUGGGCUACGCAUUUUUUCUGUAGUAUAUUAGUGCUUGAAGAAAUGUUUUAAGGAAAGUCAUAGUUGUUGUACUGAACUGAGCCAGUUGUUAGACUUUUGUGUGCACGAAAAUGCACUAGGCAGUAAUACAAUCGACAACACUACAAUAUUUAUUUGCAGCAAAGAAUCUCAUCUGCUAAAUGUUAACAGCUUUUACACAGUUGCUUGCGGACAGUUUGAUCGUUGUAGCUUGAUUAUAGCAAGACGAGUGUGAGAGUUCUGUUUCAAUAUACAACCUUUGCAGUACCUGCUCGUGCAGUUUUUUGCUUGAUGUUAAACAGAAAAUAGUCAUCUGUAUGCAAAAAGCUUCUUAAGUCUUUCUAACUUUUUGACAGUUAUGCUUCAGCAGUGUUUAUUUUAUGAUAAAAUGCAUCCCUUAGCAUCAUAGGCAGUCAGGGAUGUGUGAGAAAUGUUUAUUUUUGUGUAAAAUGGUUCGUUGCUGCCUGAAUUGGACCUCUCGUUGGAGGUUGGUGACAUUUUGUGGAAGGUAAAGUGUUUACUGACUUUUAGGCACUGCCUCUGUGUGUGUGUGUGUGUGUGUGUGUGUGUGUGUGUGUGUGUGUGUGUAAUAUAAAUAAGAAAAUGUGUGGACUACUAUAAGUACCUACUUUUUGUAACUGUAGUAUUAUAUUGCCAGCAGUUUCUCCAAAACAUGUUUGCUGUGUGGUUAGUUUACUGUGAGUGUUUAACAAUAAAUUCUGUAUAAACAUGUGAAUAUUAGACAUUAUAUUUACCAUCACAAUACAGUAUUUUUCUUUUUUCUUCAGAAUAUAACCUAACUUCCAACUCUUAUGUUGACAGUAACGUGUGUUCUAUGAUAGGAUUUCUUCUAUCUGUACAUGCAGAAAAUACGAACUCUUUAUUUUGUACAAAUAUCAGAACAGGUGCACCACAAAUGUUAAAAAAAAGUAUUGUAGCCUACUUACUGUACUUGCCACAACUAUCAUCCUGUUGCAGACUGGUCACUUCGUUAAGCUGUGGCACCUUUGUAAUUUUUGACCUAGCUUGUAAGCUGUAGAGUAAAAUUUCUCGCUGUUCUACGCAAUUCAGGCAGGUGCUCGUCGAUAUUGAGGAAUGUUGUUCGGUCAUGAAUUUACAUUUCGAUUACUGUGAUAGAUGGAAGGGAAGUGCACAUCCCAUUUUUUGUUACAAAGGUACCACAGUUUAGAGACCAGCACAAAGGAAUUACUUAAAAAUAUUUUUGUUAGUGCCACUGGCAGAUGUUUGCUUCAGUGGCCUGAAAUAUAGAGCAACAUACAUUAUUUUAAUUAGUGGUAACAUACUGUAUGUUAAUAAAGUACAUGAUAUGAGUAGUGGUUUGACUAUAUGAAUGAUGCACAUUGAAGAGACCAAAAGGGAUAAAUUUGAUUGGUAGAGUUAUAAGACUACUAUAACGUUUGUCUAGAAGUGACCUUGAAAAAUUUAAAAAAGAUUUUAUUCUCACUUUUUACUUGUAUUGCAAAAUGUUUUCAGAUGUUGUGUGUUUUAAGGUCAAUAUGUAUGUGGAUUGAUUCUCCAGUCUUUAUUUCCAGGGGCACGUGAUAGUUAUGUUACAUACAUGUGUACAUGGAAAGUAGAGCUUUAAAAAUAUAUAUAUAAAUAUACGUACAUAUAUUUUAUGAUCCCACUCGUGUGUGUGUGUGUGUGUGUGUGUGUGUGUGUGUGUGUUGCUUGAGUAGAAGUGUUGCAGUGAGAUGGGGCACUCAGUUUUAUAUUUUGAAGUCUACUGAUAUAUCUUUAAAUGAAAGCCAUGACACAAAGAAAGUGAAUUGUACAAGAUAUUUUAGUUCAACAGUUGAGCAUACAAGCAUGGAUGUGUGUAUGUACAUACUACUAUGAUCUCUAAUAAACUGGAUAUAUUAAAUAUGAA